AUGAGUUCCCAAAAUAGCUUCGUCAAUGCUUCUCUGAGCUCCAACACCGUCACCGCGGGCACCACCUCCGCGGUCCGAUCGCGCCCGCGCCGACUCGUCUCCUUUAUCGACGACGAAGAUGACGAUGCCUGCACAAAAAACAGCAAUUAUUCCUACCAGGAUGCCCAGCCCUUUACGUCGGGUCUUUCUACAACCAUCUCCGCCGAUGUAGGAACUGUUCGAUCUCGUGGUGCCACCCCCUCGCCGCUGUCGUCCCGUGGAACCUCGCCGCUACCCAUGAAACACCCCUCCCGCCUCACGCAAUCGAGUAAUCACGGCCGCGGCGAAGCAUCCUCCCUUACUUGGAACGGAUCAUCAAAGGCUUCUUCUUCAUUGGGGGCUGCAGAAUUUCUAGACUCGUCAUGGUCCUCUCUUCAGAGCUUGGCGUCAUCGGUGCUUGGUAGCGACACUGGGCGUAACACAACAAAUAAUGCUGCAAAGGGACAUACGCGGAGGAAACCGUCGCGAUCCGACGUAUAUAUUCGAAGUAUUCCACGGUCCACUCCGGUAGCAUGGGGUCCAUCGGCGCCGAACACUACCGAAAUUGGAACUGGAACCAAGGAAGAGCGUCAAGCUCUGGUUCAGGCGAAGAAACGAGAGGCGCUCCUACUUGCGGAGUCUGAUCCAAUAAUGAGCGGUGCUUCUCGCCAUAAGCGACGCGACUCUGGGGAUUAUCUUGAUCAGCCGCUCGAUCCGGAAUCAGACGAGGAUGCUCUCGCCUACAUUCAUCCUGUCCAGGCAACGGACAGCAUCACGGGAGUAACGAUUAAAUAUGGAUGCCAACCUGCGAUAUUCCGAAAGGCGAACGGCUUCUGGCCCAAUGAUAAUAUCCAGAGCAGGAAGAUGGUGCUCCUGCCAGUCGAUGCAUGCAGCGUGAAAGGCAGGCCGAUCCCACCUGCAGAAGUAGAUCUUCUGGCGCUUGACUCGGAAGAUGCGAGUGGCAGUUCGAUCACACCGGCUGCCCCCUCCACAAACGGCUCGCUCUCGAGUAAAAAGACAUCUGGGACUGCCGAUGCCGACAGCAAUCAGAUCUGGAAACAUGAAUCUUGGGUAAAUAUCGACGGAUUUCCCUCAGCAGUCCAGAUUGGCCGAGUCCCGCGCAGGGCAUUAGGCUUUUUCCCGCGCACACGCCGAAAAUCUGUUUCCUGUAGCGAUGCAGAGCCUCUUCACGAUGACUCUUCUCGAGAUCCAACUAGGACAUCAUCACCGGUCAGUUCGCCGCAAAUCACUUCGACAGAUGGGGUUCUUCCCCGGACUCGGCCUCGUGUAGGCAAGUCAAAGUCCGCCCGUCCCCAGCAUCGCCGGCAGCGCAGCAGUCUCCAUCUGACUGGUACUGGCGUGGGCACUCUUGAUCGAACUUCCACUGCACCCGGACCUGCCCUAGACGGCUUGAGCAAAUUCUUCUCACAGCACAUGCCCAAUCUAGUUCCUCCUCCUGUACCAGAUAGUCUUCGCCGAUCGUCCUUUGGAUCCGAGUCCACAGCGACGUCCAACGCGUCAACGGGUCUGGAGAAUAUCGGUGGAGCUGUCGAGGGAUGGAUCCGUAAGGUCGCCACCCGCACGAAAGCCGGAAUCAGCGAGCUUCAGCAAGGAUCCCCAAACCAACAGGCCACCGGCCGUGGACGUGGGCUGUGGGGAAUAGGCGAUCUGAUCGAGUUGGACGAUACGUCUGAAGGCCGGCGGUCGCCUAGUGUCCUUGGAAUAUCUUCUCGACGGGAAGCGCAAGGCACGAGCUCUUCUACGUCCUCUUCAUAUCGGGCUGCAGGAGCCUCUGCGUCCGCGACGAGCAGGUCUCGCGCGACAGGAUCCAAUGCAUAUGGCGAACGAACUAAGGAUGACUGA